UCUACUGGUCAGUUCCUACAAUCUCCAAGGAGUCUCCAUAUUCUCACUGUGGCGAAGCAGAGCUGAGAAUUUCCCUGCUCGCUCAAUUUUAGAAGCUUGAGAGCUGCACAGUAGCAGUAAUCCUCAUGAUCCAUUGCUGUUCUUCUUCUCAAAUGCGAACUAUUGGAGCAAUACGACCUCAAUUGUCGAAGUUAUUGCACCGCUCCUCUUUCAGAAGCUUCAGAGUUAGAGCUCUCUCGUCGUCUCCUUCUUCUGCCUCGUCCAAUCAAGCCCGUGGCGGCCUUCCUCGCUUCUUCUCCCAAGUUCUCCCUUCGUAUAAGGGUGAUGUUGUUCGUCUAGAAGGCGAUGAAGUCUGGCAUAUGACUAAAGUUUUAAGGUUGAAGACUGAUGAUAGGGUGGAGCUGUUCAAUGGAAAUGGAGGUCUAGUAGAAGGAAGCAUAAAGGGCAUUCAUGUCAAUGGACUUGACAUUCUGGCAAUGGAAGAUCCAAAAUCCGUUCUACCUCAAAGCACUCAGUGGCAUGUAUUUGCAGCUUGUGGUACUCUAAAGGGUGGCCGUGCCGACUGGCUUGUUGAGAAAUGUACAGAACUUGGGGCCAGCAGUGUAACUCCUCUGAUAACAGAACGUUGCCCUACAAUAUCCGAUAACCGAGUAAACAGAUUUGAACGUAUCACGUUAGCAGCAACUAAACAAUGUCAAAGACUGCACAAAAUGAAUCUGAAUUCUCCAUUGAAAAUUCCUGGUCUCUUGCACCUUAUUAACGAGUCAAAGCUAUGUUUUGUAGCAGUUGCAGAAGCAACUCCACUUGUUAGUGCAUUAGCUUCAACAGAAAUAGAAUCUGGUGGGCUUUUGGUUGUUGGACCUGAAGGAGAUUUCACUGAGAAAGAGAUCUGCAUGAUGAAAGAAGCUGGAGCAAUUGCUGUCGGUCUUGGUCCAAAUCGUCUUCGUGUUGAAACUGCAACAGUGGCAAUCUUGUCAACCCUGAUGUUAUGGUCUGACUCAAAAAGUUCUGAUUGUUAAUCUCUCUUUCAGGUUAGCCCUCAUUCGUUUGUGUAUGGAUGAAUCAGAUCUUCCUACACCAUUAUUUUGUUUUGCUUCAAGGAUGAACCAGAAGUUAAAACUUGAAAAUUUGUUAAAAGAAUGAAAUGCAGAUGGAAUGGGUGCUCAGUUAAGUA